GGGGGCGGCCAAUGGGCGGGCGCGUUGUUGUUGUCUGGCCGGCCGUUGUUUGGGUCCCGAGCGGGGCCGGGCUCCGGGGAGCAGGGCGGCGCGCGCAGCGGGGCCCGGCAGGGGGAGGUUGGCCAGCUUGAACAAUGAUUUGUACUUAGAAGCGUAAAAAGCAGGAGGGAGGAGGAUCCACUAGCAAAACAUCUGUAUUUGGAAGCCUGUUUCAUCCAGCAGCUCAAGGACAGCCCCGCAGCAGCCUUGGUGCAGACAAGAGGAUGAAAUCGCACUCUCAGUGGGGGGCUAAACAUGGAGAUACGCUGCGGCGGCCUCUUGUUCAGUUCCAAGUUUGACUCGGGGAACCUGGCUCAUGUGGAGAAGGUGGAACACCAGGAAGGAGAAGGGGACGUAGCUGGGAACAGCAGCAGCAGCACUGUGUCUGCUGUGUUUGGCAGCUCCCUGCCCGCGGCUGACUAUGCAUUCAAUGUGUGGACCAAGCCCGACUGUGCUGAAACGGAGUAUGAAAAUGGGAACAGAUCCUGGUUUUAUUUCAGUGUGAAGGGAGGAGCUCCAGGCAAGCUGAUCAAAAUCAACAUUGUGAACAUGAACAAGCAGAGCAAACUCUAUUCCCAAGGCAUGUCUCCUUUCGUUAGGACCCUGCCUGUCAGGCCCCGCUGGGAGCGCAUCCGGGAGCGGCCCACCUUCGAGAUGAUGGAGACCCAGUUUGUGCUGUCCUUUGUGCACCGCUUCCUGGAGUACCGUGGGGCCACCACCUACUUUGCCUUCUGUUACCCCUUCUCAUACACGGAAUGCCAGGAGAUGCUGGCACAUCUGGACAGCCGCUUUGAGGAGUGUAAAUACAUGUCACCCAGCAGGAGUGCCCAGCUGGUAUGUGGGGGGAGCUGCCUUUCCUUCCUCGAUUGUCACAACUGCUCUUCAGGGCCUUUCUGCAUCUCUCCCCCCCGCAGCCCCCUUGACGCCAUCUAUUACCAUCGAGAGCUGCUGUGCCACUCCCUGGACAAUCUGCGGGUGGACUUGCUUACCGUCACCUCGUGCCACGGCAUGAGGGAGGAACACGAGCCUAGGCUGGACAACCUGUUCCCUGACGAAGCCACUCCUCGGCCGCAUUGCUUUGCAGGGAAGAGGGUCUUCUUCCUGAGUAGCAGAGUUCACCCAGGGGAAACCCCCUCCAGCUUUGUCUUCAAUGGCUUCCUGGAGUUCAUCCUGCGGGAGGACGAUCCCCGAGCCCAGAUGCUGAGGCGCAUGUUUGUCUUCAAGCUCAUCCCCAUGCUGAAUCCGGAUGGUGUGGUGCGAGGCCAUUACCGAACCGAUGCCCGGGGGGUGAACCUGAACCGCCAGUAUCUGAGCCCUGAUGCAGAGCUGCACCCUGCUGUGUAUGGAGCCAAAGCCGUGCUCCUUUACCAUCACAUCCACAGCCGGGGCGCACCUGGCGCUCCCGACUGGAGGGCAUACGCCUCCCCGCUCACCUCCAGCUCGCUAAGCACAAAAUCUUCCAACCAUUCCAUCCGCAACUGCACCCUGGCCCCGGAGGCUCCUCUGUCGGAGCUGGAGAAAGCCAACAAUCUCCGCAACCACCCCUGCAGCCAGGACGCCAGCACCCAUCUCACACUUUCUCAGGCCCCCCAGCUGCUGGAAGCACCUGCCACCGAGCUGGGGAACAAGGAUCAAGCUAUGUGGAUCCUGCCUUCAAAGCCCAUCGGGGAGCACCGUGAGAGGGAAGCAGAGAGACCCCCGUCAGUGGCGCCCCUGGAAGCCGUCCUGCCCCAGGAGAGCGGGUUGGCAUACUACGUGGAUCUGCACGGACACGCCUCCAAGCGCGGCUGCUUCAUGUACGGCAACAGCUUCAGCGAGGAGAACACCCAGGUGGAAAAUAUGCUGUUCCCCAAACUCAUCUCCUUGAACUCAGCUCACUUUGACUUCAUGGGAUGCAAUUUCUCGGAGAAGAACAUGUAUGCCAGAGACAAGCGGGAUGGGCAGUCGAAAGAGGGCAGUGGGCGAGUGGCUAUCUACAAGGCCUCGGGCAUCAUUCACAGCUACACGCUGGAGUGCAACUAUAACACCGGGCGCUCGGUGAACAGCAUCCCUGUGGCCUGCCACGACAAUGGGCGGGCAAGCCCUCCGCCCCCCCCAACCUUCCCCACCAAGUACACCAUAGAGCUGUUUGAGCAGGUUGGGAGGGCAGUGGCCAUCGCAGCGCUGGACAUGGCGGAGUGUAACCCCUGGUCCCGGCUCGUCCUGUCUGAGCACAGCAGCCUGGGCAACCUGCGAGCCUGGAUGCUGAAGCACGUGCGCAACCUGAAGGGCAUGGCUGCGUUCUCCCGCAAGAAAGUCUCCAAUGGGCUGCCCACCUUGAGCUCCGAGAAUGCCCUCUCCAGGAGCUACAGCCAUGGCACCAGUGGGAGCAGCGGCAGCCAGCAGAACUCGCCCCAGAUCAAAGCCGCACCCAGCUUCACCUUCAGCUGUAACAGGGCUGGUGGCCCCGCAGGCGGGAGUCAGAGCCCUCAGAAAGGCAGCCCGAGGGUCCUGGCACCAGUGAGAGAGCCCUGCGUGCAGGACAAGCGGCGCCAGCAGCACCUGACUCUGCUGCGAGCAGCAACCAACAGCAUCCAGCCGCCAGCGCCUCUCCCUCCCUGUGCCAGGCGUCUGUCCCAGCCUCCACCACCCACCAGCCUGCGUCCCUGCUCCCUGCCAGCCUCCCUCAUCAAGUCAGGGACCUCGCCCAUGGACACGAAGGCCGGGGCUCUGGUGGUCACCAGCUGUGGACUUCAGGCAGCAGAUCACGGCCGGGAAGAGCCAAAGCCCCCCUAUGGCAUGGCGCUGGUGCAGCCUGCCCCCACGCCGGUGAGGAAGCGGCUGGCCUCUGGCUGGCAGUCAUGUGAGUUGCUGUGUGGCUCUGCUGGCCCCAGGCUCCCCUGGGAGAGGCUGAGGGGUCGCCCGCUCCCAGGGCUCUGGGUUCCAGCUCCGCCCAGCGAAUGGAUUCCUCCCUGGGAACCUUCCGAAGAGGCUGAGCACCAGGAAAGUCCUAGAACCACCCAGCCUGCGGCCGCUGCGCCCCAGCAGAAUCCCCAUCCGCAAGAAGGCAGCAGCAUGCGCCCCGAGUUUGCUGGGGUUUGGCAGCGAGAGCACCUCAGCCCUCAAGGUCUGGAAAUACACCCACGCUGGAGCCCUGGCCCAAAGCAUUCCCAGAGGACACUGCAUCACUCUGCAUGGGGAUGCAGACAACAGAGCCGCUCUUCAUCUGCGACGACCCCGAGGGCCUGCUCAGCAAGCAUCUGCCAAGCCGGGCCCCAGACUCGCCUCCGCUCAGCUCGUACCACAAGAUCCUGUCCUUCUGCACUGAAGCCUGAGCAGAGCCACCAGCUCCAGCUGCCACCUCUGCCCUCGCAUCCGUCUCGAGCUGGGUGCAGCACCUGCCCCCGUGUUGCCCUGCUGCCGGGGAAGUGAGGCAGAGUCCAGCCUCCCCUUGCAAAGCUGUGUUAUGGAGGGCGAAUCUCCACCCAGCCCUGUUCACCCUGCAGGCUCCCUGGGCCCAGCACCUCCCUGCCUGGCCUCUAGCUGAGCUCUGGCCUGUAAGCACAGAGCUGCCCUGCUGAGCAGCCAGGGCUCUGCACAGCCCAUGGCCUAAGCAGAGCAGGACCCUGCUGGGCUCUCCAGCUAGUCCCAGAGCCCUGUGCAGGUCCCCCCCAUCCCUCCACUUCCCUGCUAACCUCCAGCCAUGGCCAUGUGGAGGGCACUGGGUGCAGCCAGCUGACUGGUUUAGGUCACAAGCUUGGGGACACCAACAGCAGCCACAGUGCCAGGGGCUGGAGGUGAUGCCUGGGGAGCAGCUGCAGACAUCAUCACUCUGUGUGUCUCCCUAGGCAGUGGAGGGGGUUGGGCAGGGCUAGGCCCUGGGUCAGGCUGCUGCACUAGCCCGUGCUGAGGUGCAGGAGAAUCAACCCAGGGGCAACGGGCUUUCUAAGAGGGGGCCAGCUGGUGCCAGAGAGGCCCAGUGGGCAUGGCCCCUACUUCCCUUCUACAAAGCCAAAGCUCCCAUGGUGUGUCUCAGAACCCGGCCUGUGGGUAGCUCCCUGUGCCACAGUGAGGCCUAGGGGGAGCUGGCCUGCUGGGGUGAAGCACAGUUAGCUGGGGUGGUAUCUCCCCACAGUAGCUGUCCUGCUUCAGGGAUUGGCCCCUACCCCACACCCAGCAGGGCUGUGCAGGCAACUUGAGGGAGGGUCUGUUGGCAUCUCCUUGGGCAAAGCACGGUGGGCUCCAGGGUCCCAGGCCAGGCUCUCCCCGGUGCACCCCAUGGGAACAGCUUGUAAGCUGGGCAGGCUCUUGCAAAGGCUGCUUCAUGAGCAGAACCAAAUCAGGCCCCGGAGCUGCAGGUCGGCUCCCAUCCCUGGGUGCCUGGGCCCCAGGCUAGCAGCUUUGGCCAGCCCCUCCAUGUUAACCACAACUCUGUGUGGGCAGGGUCAGGGCUGGGGAGCCCUGCAGCUGCUGCAAUCGUUUGCCACCUCCCACUCAGCUGAGCGGCUACAGAGUUGUUCAGGGGUUUGAAGCUAUUUUUUUGAGAUAGAGUUUGUCUUGUAACGUGUUUCUAUUAAAGUUUGUUUGGAAGAAA